UCGUCACGUCCGUUGUGUCCUGAGCAAGACACUUCACCCUUGCUCCUGAUGGGUGCUGGUUAGCGCCUUGUAUGGCAGCUCCCUCCAUCAGUGUGUGAAUGUGUGUGUGAAUGGGUAAAUGUGGAAGUAGUGUCAAAGCGCUUUGAGUACCUUGAAGGUAGAAAAGCGCUAUACAAGUACAACCCAUUUAUCAUUUAUUCUCUAUGUCUAUUAAUGAGAAUUAUUUUACACCAGAACUUCCACACAUUGUCAUUACUUACUGUGUCAAAGAAAUGCAAGGUAUAAAAUUGGGAAAAAUUGGGAGUUGAAAAAAAGACAGGUUGGGCACUGUUAAGUAAAAUAGCUGAAUGCAAUUGUGAAAAUAAGGAUACAAAAUAUAAUGAGAGUGCAAUACACGUAAAAUUGGUAAUAUUUGAUGGAAAAUAAUAAGGUAGUAUAAGUGGAGACAAAAACAGGCACAUGUGACAUUACCCUGCAUGUUUGUAGCACAUAAAUAAUAAUAAAAUAACACUUAAACAUAAACAUUAAGUAUGACUUUGUGUUAUUAGUUCCUAUGCAGAAGAAAAGUUUUAAAGUACUGUAGUUUUUCUUCACAGUAAGGCUGCUGCAGGAGUUUGUCAGGUUAGGCAUGUGUACAGGGGGUGGGGUUUGUGUGAGUGAGCUACUCACAGAUUGGCUGAGGAGCACGACGUGUACAUCAUUCAGCUUCAGGUCUCACACAUGUGACACAGACAUCUGCGUGUGCGUGCGUGUGUCUGCGGCAAGGCCACCACGCACAACCACUGUCUUCUACGCACUCUCCUCAUCCACUUAUGAUGCUGACUGCUUGGCCGCGCUUUCUCUGUGAAAGGAAAGUUGAAUAAAGGCAAGUUGAAGCUGUGACAUCUUUGGAGGGCUCGGUAAAGAAGCAGGAUGAAGUCCAAGGGAAAAGCUGUGAAACCAACCUGGUCUGACCCAGAGCAUGAACUUGAAGCAGACACAGAACCGGAACCUGGCUCCAGCGAGCAGGAAGGCUCAGAGGCCUCCGUGCGGAUCGGCUGCUCCUGGAGAGGUUCUUUGCGGAGCCGGAAGGGCAAGUCCCAAGGAGUUUCUGGGGGAGGUCGUCGGCGCCGGCAACACAGCUCCACUACAAAAGAGCGCAGCAUCCGGCGACUGGAGAGCAACGAGCGGGAACGCCAGCGCAUGCACAAACUCAACAAUGCCUUCCAAGCGUUACGCGAGGCCAUCCCGCACGUGAAAAUGGACAAAAAGCUGUCCAAGAUCGAGACGCUGACACUGGCAAAGAACUACAUCAAGGCCUUGACCUCCAUCAUCCUGGACAUGUCGGGAGCCUGCCUGCCUGCUGGUGAGGUCCCAUCAGAGGCCAGCACUGCCAAGCUGCUCCAGUGCUACCAGCAGCACCUGGAAGAGGAAGGGGAGGAGGGUUUGACCCAGUAUCUCACCCACGUGCACAACUUCAGUCAGCACAGCUAGCACGUCAGGAGGACUGUUCUCCGAGCAGGAUAUGAGCGUGGACUCUUAGGGGCCAUAUGACAUCUAAUUCCUGCAGAUGUACUGCUGUGGAAUCCAGGCAGGACAGAAGUAUUCUAAGGAACCCAGUUGACUUUUAGCAGCACUUAAAGUCAACAAGUGGGCUGCUCUUCAUGCAACAGACUGAAUGAAGGGUGAACUUAAUUUGAAAGGGCUACAUAUUUGGUCUUUAUCUAACUUCUCGGUUUGGAAGUCAGGAUCUCUUCCUCUCCCCUUUUUUGUAAUUGUGUGAUCUUUUUAGUCCGUUGAAGAAAAACCCCCCAAAAAAACCUGCUGAGCAUAGCCUUCAGCCACAACUGCUGAAUCCAAGAAAAAAACACUGAAUGAAGAAGUGUUUGCUCAUCAUGAAGAUGAACUCCCAUACUGCUGAGAAAACAACUGACUCGUCUGACUUGUCUGCAAAGAUGUUGUUUCAACAAUCAGGUUAUUUGUAAUGUCCAGAGGCAGGACAUUGUACUGAAGAUGAGCUAUCAAUAAACAUUUGUAUUUAUUGACUGGUAUUUGAUCGUGCAAUACAUGUGUGACAAAAGGAAGCCACUACAACACAGUAACAGACCAUACAAUCCUUAUGUAUAGAAAGCAAUACAUGCUCACACAGCUAAUAUGUAUGUUUUCUAUUGAGUGUGACAUUUUCAGUAUUUUUUUUAGCAGCUAACAUGCUAAACAGGCGACAAUUUUAUAACAAAAAUAUAUUUUUUAGCCUAGGAAACUGUAGGUUCCGAGAAUUAAGUUUUACCUUAAGUAUUGCACAUAUUCCAAAGACAAGUAAGAUAGUGGUUCUAACAAUGCUUAAAACUAAGGGUAACUUCUAUUUGUAAGAAGCAGGCACCAGGUCAAUGCAGGAGUUGUGUGUAGUAUUGAGCUUAAAGCAGGUGUCUAACAACCCACCCUAGUAGAUCUAUGUGAUAUUAUUCCUGGUACUUAAUUUUAUUCUUUACACAAUUAAAACCCAUUGUUUGUUGAGAUCUGGGCUUAGGGUUA